CGUCAGCCUUCGUCACUGGACUUCAAUAUGGCGCCUUUGCGCCCCGGGCUCACCUGUCCCCGCAGAGGAUGAGAGAGAGCGGCCGCACCUCGCGUCGCUCCGCCGGCCUGAGGGCUCCGUGUCCCGGUGUGACGCUCCCGAGUACUGCGCUGUCUCUCGCAAGGAAGGAUCCGUCACGGCCGCCUUGGUUUCUGCCGAGCAGCGCUGGCAGGAGAUCCGCAGAGACAGGAAGUUUGUUUGUUGAAGUGAAAUGGAAAGGAGCAAGAUUGCGUCUUCGCAGCAUCAUCAUCAUCAUCGUUGCUGUUUCCCCUCCUCCUCCUCCACUGCUGAUGUCAUAGCCCAGCAGCUCACAGGUUCAGGACACAGCAAGUGUUUGGACCUCACUACCUGUUCGCUCUGCUCCGGCACGGGGCGACUAAUGAGAUGCUGUUCUGACAGUCAGGGGGCGGGGCCUAGUCUGCGAUAUGACAUCUCCCAAACUAAAAGGAUGAAUCAAAGUGUGGAAGUGAAGUGUCUGUCAGCGAGCUCAAACAGGGCGUCGUCCUGUACCGAGGGAUCACAGGUUAACUGCUGUGGGGGCGGGGCUUCUGGCAAGUCCACCUGCUCUGCGUCGCCAUCGGAGGCCUGUCAGUGUGUAAACCAUGUGACCAACCCCUCAGAGGGGGAGUUCACCUCUGACCUCCAAGUGGUCAGCUCCGAUGAUGACGCCUUCACCGCAGAGCCCACAGCGCCAGGUGGGCAGAGACUCGCCACUCGUCACUGCAGGAAUACGUUCAAGUGCCGCCGCAGGCAGAGCGCUCCGGGUCAGAUGGAGCAGGACGACGGAGACUCUGAGUCCGAGCUACAGUCCAGGAGACCGGGACUCGCCGAGUACUUCAGCAGCAGGAAGCAGCGGCCCCUCAGUCACAACGUCCCUGGGUGGAAGCUGUUUGGUAAAGUUCCUCCCAAACAAAGUCCCAGCAAACAGUCUCAGGUCAUCCAGCAGGAGUUCAAGGCGCGGCAGGUUGCGACAUGCAGCUCUUCUACCCAUCAUGCCGCGGGGCAGCAGAGCAAGAGGAAGGUGGAGUUUGAGCCGCUGUCGACCACAGCGCUAAUCUUGGAGGACCGGCCGCCGAACCUUCCAGCCAAGUCGGCGGAGGAGACACAGAGACACAGACAGCAGUACGAGGACAUGGUGGCCGAAGCCAAGAGGAUGGAGCUAAAGGAGGCUCAGAGGAGGCAGCAGCAGAAAGAGGAGAGGUUCAGACAGGAGGAGGAGAUCUCCAACACCUCGCUGGUCUGGAACCAGCACAUCCUGCCGCGCUGGGACGCCAUGAGGUCCAGUCGUCGGGCUCGGGACUUGUGGUGGGGGGGUUUACCCCCCAGCGUCAGAGGGCGGGUCUGGAGCCUCGCCGUCGGCAACGAGCUCAACAUCACUGCAGAGCUCUACCAAAUCUUCCUGUCCAGAGCCAAGGAGAAGUGGACGGGCGUCCUUGGGACUGAGGACGGCACAGAGCUCAUCAGGCGGGAUAUCUCCAGGGCGCUGCCCUCGCUCUGCGUCUUCCACAAGGGCGGACCAUACCACAACCUGCUGCAAAGCAUUCUGGGAGCGUACACUUGUUACCGACCUGACGUGGGAUAUGGGCAGGGGAUGUCCCCCCUCCCAACAAUGUUGAUCCUGAAAAUGGACGAAGUUCAGGGCUUCAUCAGCUUCUCCAACCUGAUCAACAGACGCUGUCAGCUGUCUUUUUACAGAGUGGACCACGAGCAGAUGCUCAGGUAUUUCGGCGCCUUCCAGGUGUUCUUCCGGGAGCUUCUCCCUCAACUCUUCCUUCACUUCCAGUCUUCAGGUGUGACUCCGGACCUCUACCUCAUGGACUGGAUCCUGACCCUCUAUGUGAAGACCCUCCCUCUGGAUGUGGCGAGCAGAGUGUGGGACGUGUUCUUCCGGGAUGGGGAGGAGUUCCUGUUCAGGGUGGCUCUGGGAAUCCUGAGACUCCACCAGGACGUCCUGCUGCAGAUGGACCUGGUUGGCAUCGCUCAAUUCCUGUCCCACCUGCCCGACGGAGGGCUGCUCUCCAAUAGGCUGUUCUCCUGCAUCCUGGCCACGCCCCUGCUAAGUGGGAACAGGAAGUGGACUCAGGUGAGUCGCAUGACGAGUACGAGUAAGGUUAAAAUAAAUAAAACCGUGUUCUGUUUUUCUGUCUCAGGUUUUGUUGUCCUGUUGAGACGCCGAGGGCAUCAGCUGAUCUGCUUAUGAACUUAUAACUUCACUUCAUCUACUCAACAUCACGUCUCAGUCAUCGAUCUUUAUUCCUUUCUCUAAUAAAACAUUUAAAGAUAUACUUAAGCUGCUAAUGUGAGAACUGCUAAUGUGAGAAGCAUAUAAAUAUGUUUGACUGGUAUUGUAUGAAUACAUAUUAAUGAAUAUGCUAUUGCAUUAUUUUCUUUAAUAAUUUGUAUAUCUUUUUAUUUUCAAAUGGCUGUCCCAUUAAUUACUGUCUUAAGUAUCUAUUGAGUAAUUUAUUAUUGUGUGAGGUCACAAGCUUUAGUUCUCCAAAGAGGAACAACACUAAAACAAACAUUUAAUAUUCUACAUUUUCUUUUUAAUGUUUGAAUAUUGUCAACGAACUGUUGAUUCUGUUGUUUUAUUCAUUUUAUAUGUAACUGUAUGUAAAUACAUAUUAACUUUGUUUAUUGUCCUUAGUAUUUUUAUUUAAUAAAUAAUUUAAAAUAAAUGUAAUAAUAAA